AUGACCAAUGGGAGCUGUGGGGACGGUGCAUGUGGGUGGACGCAGCAUGCGGAGCUAGGAGCUGAGGGAGGGAUAUGUCGUCGCUUCUGGGGAGGUCCCCAAGAAAUUGUAGAGAAUCAACGACAACGAAGAAAUCUUGGGUUAAGAAGCCAACGGCAAUCUGACAGCUGUGUAUUAAGUAGUGAUGAUGAAGAUGAAUCAAGAGAUAAUGAUGUAUACGUAACAAACAAGGUGUCUGGAGAUUUAGAAACACUGGAGGAUGAAACUGCAAGUUCAAGGCCUUCAGGUACCGUUAGUUGUCCAAUUUGCAUGGAUGGAUACUCAGAGAUUGUACAAAGUGGACGACUUAUCGUGUCAACCAAAUGUGGCCAUGUCUUCUGUAGUCAGUGCCUCCGUGACUCCCUUAGAAAUGCUAACUCUUGCCCAACUUGUAGGAAAAAACUCAAUCACAAACAGUACCAUCCAAUUUAUAUAUAAGCACUUGAAUUCUUCUCAGGACAGCCUCAACUGGAUCUUGAUGAAAAUGUCAUGCAUUUGUGAUGCCUUGAAGAUUAAAGAAGCAACAGGUUGUAUGCCCACCCAAUUCUAGUAAAAUGGAUUUUUGGAGAAUUAACUUGUACAUAUCUAAACCGCUUUCUUAUGGUCCAGUCAUACUGUCAAAAGUAGCUUGUUCGUGUUAAAAGUUCUUGAAGGUCUGCAAACACAGGUCGGUAUGUGUCACCAAUGAAGCAGCUGAUGUUCUGUUUCCCUCUACUUCUUUUGAAGUGCUUGAACAUGAGUUCUGGAUUUUUAUUUUUAA